AUGAUUCCGGGCAGGCGAAUUUUGACGAACGCGCAUUGCGUGGAACACCACACGCAGGUGAAGCUGAAGCGACGCGGCGACGACACCAAGUUUGUCGCACGCGUGCUGGCGAUCGGCGUGGAGUGCGACAUCGCGCUACUCGCUGUGGACGACGAGUCGUUCUGGCAGGGCCGCCAACCGCUCAGGUUCGGCGGUCUCCCUCAUUUGGAGGACGCGGUGACAGUGGUGGGGUACCCAGUGGGGGGCGACAGCAUCUCAGUCACCUCUGGAGUCGUCUCUCGCAUUGAAGUAACCGCAUACGCUCACGGCGCCUCCGAGCUACUAGGCGUGCAAAUUGAUGCCGCAAUCAACCCGGGGAACAGCGGCGGCCCGGCUUUUAACGACCGCGGGGAGUGUGUGGGGAUAGCGUUUCAGUCACUAAAGGAUAGUGACACGGAGAAUAUCGGGUAUAUUAUCCCGACGCCGGUCAUCUCGCAUUUCCUCGGCGAUUACCGAAGAAACGGGCAGUACACGGGUUUCCCCGCGAUCGGAAUCCUCUGGCAGAGGCUGGAGAAUCCUGCGCUUCGGGCAGCUCUGAAAAUGUCGCCCGGGCAGAAGGGUGUUCUCGUGCGGAAAGUCGACCCGACGUCUCGAGCCCAUGGGGUGCUACAGCAAGGGGAUGUGAUUAUGUCAUUUGAUAAUGUACCCAUCGCCAGCGACGGCACUGUGCCUUUCCGAACCGGCGAGCGCAUCUCCUACGGGUUUCUGGUCAGCCAAAAGUUUUCCGGCGAGGUUGCCCGGCUGGAAAUUCUCCGCGACGGGCAGCUGAUGAAGGUUCAGGUGCAGCUGAAGCCGCCGAAACGACUCAUUCCGGUGCACACGGGGGGCAAACCGCCAACGUUUCUGAUCGUGGCAGGGCUGGUUUUUACGCCGGCUGUGCAGCCGUUUUUGCAGUCAGAGUAUGGGAGCGAGUUUGAGUUUGAGUCGCCGGUUUCGCUGCUUCAGAAGCUGCUGCAUGGGCAUGCGGAGCAUGAGGACGAAGAGGUGGUGGUGUUGAGUCAGGUGCUAGCCCAUGAAGCCAACAUAGGGUAUGAGGAUAUCACCAACACGUGCCUCGUGUCUCUCAACGGCACGCGGGUGCGCAACGUGCGACAGCUGGCAGCGCUGGUGGACGCGUGCACCUCAGACUGGGAGAGCCAGCCGUUCAUGCAGUUUGAGUUGGAGCACCGGCAGCUGGUGGUGCUGGAAACGAAGAGCGUGCGGGCUGCCACGGCUGAUGCCAUGGCGGAUCACAGCAUUCCCUCGGACCGAUCGGAGGAUCUACGCUCGAACGUCGCAAUGCAGUCCUACAUGAGGCAUGAAGGCACGGAGCAGCACCAGCAUCAGCAGCCGGAGACGCGAAAUAUCAGGCUUCACCGGCACGCGCGCCCGCAAGCCUUACAGGUGCAGCGGCGAUGUGCGCUUGACGCGCUAACGGCCCCCCGCGAAAGCUCCCUCAGCAUGAUUCCACCCUCCCGCCCUGGACCGCAGGCGCGGAAACCGCACCUUUCCUUGAACGUCCCUUCCCCCUCGUCACUUCCGCGAAAUAUCUCCCCCUCCUGCCCGCCGCAAGCCCCCGCAACUUGUACCGCCGCGGCGUCUCACGGCAUCUACUCCCCCGGCCCCACCUCUGCUCCCGCGGGUCCUCCGCACCUUCCGCCUUCCACCUCGCUUCUGCGCCGCGCAUCCGCGCCGACUCUUCCAGAGCCGCAGCAGACCAUCACGGCGGUGCUUACGAGCGCUUGCGCCUCCCGAGCUUCUCACAGCUGCGGAAUGCAAGGUGAUGGGGCGACUCGUCCGCGGCAGGAGCAGCAGAGUGAGCAGCAGAAGGCGAAGGAACAGCGGAACGACCGCGUGAGACUCUGCGAGCAGCGGAAGGAGCACCGUGGGAGCGGAGAGACGCCUGCGCGUGACCCGCAGCCCCAGCAGGUGCUUCCUCUCACGACCGACGAACAAUGGGAACGGAUCUUGGCGACGCGACGAGAAACGCGGCGCAGUGCUACUACUGGAAUUAGUAUGGAUAGUAACGAAGCCGGCCCUUUCAGAGUUAGGGAAACUGCUGCUGCAAUUGCGGGGAAGAGAACCCCGACGGCGCGAGUGCAACUACAGCGCUCUGGCGGCAGCUGUGACGUCUGGCGACUCGUCUCGUCGAUGGACGCGCGCGAAUGGGACUCCCCGCCGACGGGAACUCGCUCCGCGCGGGCGGACCGUGACGGUGCGCGGAUGGGGUGCGCUGCCGCUACCGGCACCGCCGCGGGGAAGCGGUCGGCGCGCCUGGCGAGGAGCGCCGGGAGCUGCGACAUGGCGCGGGUGGUGCAGAUGCUAGAGGACGAGAUGGAUCGCGAGGAGAGGGACCGCGAGGAGCGCGACGCGCAAAAGGUUUGUGCUUCCGCCACGGGCACCGCCGCGGGGAAGCGGUCGGAGCGCCGCCUUGCUGCUGGUGGGGCAACACUGCGGGGGAGCGGCGGGAGCUGCGAUAUGGCGCGGCUGGUGCAGAUGCUGGAGGACGAGAUGGAUCGAGAGGAGCGCGACGCGCGGCGGAAUAGAAAUAUUACCACGAAUGAUAGCCACAAUGUUAGUAACAGCCCUGGAACGCGCAGAACCGAGGGGCUGGAUUUUGCUGGCUACCGCGACUGA